AAAUAUAUCGAUAGUUUAAAGUAUCGUUGAACGUUUGUAUCGAUUUGAUUGAUGCAAAACAGCUGUACAAAAUGUAUCGGCUGUCAGUUUUUGUUUUAUAAAUCAUUUUCGAUUCGUUUGCUUGACGUUCAUGAACGCGUUGACGCACACAGCAUUUGAAUUGGUUUCGCAAUAGAGUAAUUCGCGUAUUGUCUAUUUGAAUGCAACAAUAAAUUGUUAGUGUAAUCUCCCUUUAACUUUUGCAACACAAAAUUCUCAGUGGAAGAUCAGCAAAGUCGCACAUCACAGACUUCACUUUUGGCAGCUCUUCAAGCAAAUUGCAAUCACGAUCAUGUUGUUAAAAGUACCAUCUGUUGACUGGACGGAUCAAAUUGUUUACGUGGUGGACGACGACGAAUCUUUGUCCGAUUUUGACGAUGAGCCGGAUUUCUCAGAAUAUAUGUGGAUGGAGAAUGAGGAGGAGUUUGACAAGAACGAACUACAACGCUUAGAGGAGGAAGAAAUCAUGCAAGAGUGCUUUGAGGCAAUGAUCGAGGAUGAACUCGAGGAGCAAAUAAAUGAAUGGGAGAAGGCCAAAACGGAGGAACAAAACACAGCGCUAUCUGCGUUACCAAAAAGCCAAUGCAAUGUGGAGAAAUCUGUAUUAAAUCCCAUGGCUGACGAAUUCGUGCCACUCUGCCAUCAAAUCGAAUACAUUGCCUCAUAAGCCCGGCUCCCAAUAGUCUGAACAAUAGAACCUCACGCAAUGUCGUUUUCGAUACGUGUCUGGAGCACAACAUCAUGUUCAAUUCGAAAUUCCAGCGAUUCCCAGGCAACAAUAGCUCCAUAUACGUUUCAAUAUCAUUUAUGAUACUCAACUCCCAUGUCUUACCAAAACAGAAAACACAAAAAACUAAACGAAAGGGGCCGCAAAAAACUCUUUUAGGCAAAAAAAAAAUCAAAAAACACAAAAU